UGCAAUUAGUUAAUGGUUUGAUUCACUUUUUAUCGAGUGAGAGAGCAAUUUCCUUUUCAAUUAACAUAGUUGGCGAUUUUCGUGUGUAGUGCGUUAACACAUAACUAUCGCUCGAGUGGUUACUAUAUAUCUAUCUGUAAACAAUUACGGAAUAAUACCUGAUAAAAACAGGGAUAAACUAUAAAACGGUACAGAAAUGAGAAAAUUCUCUUAGUGUUUGUUGUGCUGUGAUUCUGACUGUGAUAUUUAAGUUUUUCAAAAUGGUCGAAGAGACAUGGAGGACGAAAAUUGCCAGACUGUUUAUUAUCCCCCAACGGUACAUCAUGGGCAUUAUGGGUUUCCUCGCCAUUGUCAACGCCUACACCAUGCGGGUGUCCUUGUCGGUCGCCAUCACCGAAAUGGUACUUCCCCCGAACACCACCCAGGCAAACAACCCAGAUUCCUGCCCAUCGGACGAUGGGAUCACGAACUCCUCGACCAUCACUGACCCCGACAAGCUCUACGAUUGGAGCGAGUCGACCCAAGGCUUGAUUCUAAGCUCGUUUUACUGGGGGUACUUGAUCACCCAUUUGCCGGGUGGUAUCCUUGCGGAGAAGUUCGGUGGGCGGUACACCUUAGGUCUUGGCAUUCUCUCAACUGCGUUUUUUACCCUAAUCACCCCAUUGGUGAUUCACGCCAGUGGGGGCAAUUGGGUUGCUUUGGUGGUACUACGUCUGGUCGAGGGGUUGGGUGAAGGUACCACCUACCCAGCCUUGAACACGCUCCUAGCAAAGUGGGUACCACUGCAUGAGCGGGCCAAAAUGGGUUCGUUGGUCUAUGCCGGUGGGCAGAUUGGUACCAUUAUUAGUAAUUUUAUUAGUGGUUCGCUUAUCAAGGCCACGGAAGACUGGUCAAGUGUGUUUUACCUCUUUGGGGGUUUGGGGGUUUUAUGGGUUGUUUUGUGGUUCCUGCUGUGCUACUCUGACCCACAAUCGCACCCUUUUAUCAAGGAAAGUGAGCUGAAGUACUUGCAAACAGAACUAUCAGGGGUCACCAAUGAGAAGAAAACUAUACCAUGGAGGGCCAUUUUCACGUCAGUGCCUUUAUGGGCGUUGGUAGCCGCCCAGAUUGGGCACGACUGGGGUUUUUAUACCAUGGUCACAGACCUACCCAAGUACAUGAAGGACGUACUCAAGUUCAGAGUGGACGAAAAUGGGCUAUGGUCCAGUUUGCCGUAUGCCGUCAUGUGGAUUGUUUCCAUGAUCAGUGGGUUUGUCUGUGACUGGCUUAUUCGCAGAAAACUGAUUGGUUUAACUUUUGCGCGAAAAUUUUUCACAGUAGUUGCGUCUGUUGGACCGGCCAUUUUUAUUAUCAUAGCCUCCUAUGUGGGUUGCGACCGCAUGAUGGCAGUUUACAUGUUUACCAUCGGGAUGGGUUUCAUGGGUACUUACUACUGCGGAAUGAAAGUCAACGCUUUGGACUUAUCACCGAAUUUUGCUGGUACUCUCAUGGCAAUCACCAAUGGAAUAGGGGCUAUUACGGGCAUUAUCACCCCUUAUCUGACCGGAGCUUUGACCGAAAAUCACACUAUGAGCGAAUGGCGCAUCGUUAUGUGGAUCUCGUUCGUUAUUUUCAUGGUCUCGAGUGUGAUUUAUUCGAUAUUUGGAAGCGCAACGCAACAAUGGUGGAACGAACCCAAUUCUUCUGACCUGGAGAGUGGCAAAGAGGCCGAAAAAUAGCAAUUUUGUAUAAAAUUGUGCCAAAAUUUGUCUAACACUUAGACUGCUAUUUAUUGUAAUUUAUUGUCUUUAAUAAACGACAUUUCAAUUCG